AUGCGCGGCCCGGAGCUCCGGCUCGUCCUCCUGGCGCUGGUCCUCUGCCAGGCGCCCCGGGGGCCAGCCGCCCCAGUGCGAGGUGGAGGGACAGUGCUGGCCAAGAUGUACCCGCGCGGCAACCACUGGGCGGUGGGACACUUGAUGGGGAAAAAAAGCUCAGAAGAGUCCCCAUAUAUGUCUGAGGGGAACAGCCUGAAGCAGCAACUGAGAGAAUUCAUGUGGGAAGAAGUCACCAAGAAUUUGCUGGGCUUCCUGGAAGCAAAGGGCAACAGAAGCCGUCCACCUCAGCUCCAGGACUCUGGCAGUCGCCAGCCUUCUUGGGAUACGGAGGAUAGCAGCAAUUUGAAAGAUGGGUCCCUCCUAGACUCCACUCCAGCCCGGACCACCCUCCCAGAUGUGGACUGCUGGGCAGACCCGGGUUCCCAGAGCCAGAAACUCACAAGGGAUCAACAAACAGUAGCGCAGAACCCUAGAACAUCUAGCGAGUUCCAUGACUGCUCUGCCGACCCUGUGGCUCCGAAGACCCGCGACCAGAAGACGCGGAGCACACGGAGUCCGCAGGGAGAGAAACUGGGCGGUGAGCAUCCUUAA